GUCCCACUGCCUGGAGAUCCCAUGUUGUGACGACUUGAUUAACACCUGGAGGUGCAGCUAAGGUAAUUUUCUAGAUUAGUCCGUCCGUACCAAGACUAUUGGAUGUGUUUGUUUACCUUUCAACCGUUCAGCCGAGGCUCUCAAUAGUUGUGUGUGGUGCAGUGUGGUGCAGUGUGGUAUAUUUUGUGUUUGGUUUUAAGUGUACAAUUUUAUAUUCGAUGUGACCCGGUGUUGUCUGUUGAUGGAGACACAGGUAGCAGUCAGGUAGGCCAACAUUUUUUCAAGCAGCUCUGUUACCAUUUUGAUCCGCUUUUCGGACGUUUUCUUCUUCUUAAUUAAAAACCUAGAGACUGCCCUAGGUUAAGUUUGGGCCUAGAGACUGCCCUAGGUUAAGUUUGGGCCUAGAGACUGCCCUAGGUUAAGUUUGGGCCUAGAGACUGCCCUAGGUUAAGUUUGGGCCUAGAGACUGACCUAGGUUAAGUUUGGGCCUAGAGACUGACCUAGGUUAAGUUUGAGCUCAGGCCAUGAAGCAGGCAAACAAGGAAGGUUUCGUUUCAUCAUAAGCAGUUGAAAGAUUUUUUUUCUGUGACAUACACGCCAUCUCAGGGUGUCUAAUGCGUAUAAUUUUAUUUAAGCUAAUAAUGAGACUAAAGAUAAAGUUCAAAUAUCGCGGAUGGUCGCAUAUCAUGUACAACCAUUAAAUCAUGACGUUACCUACUACCACACACUACAUCAUUACAUUACCUACUACCACACACUACAUCAUUACAUUACCUACUACCACACACUACAUCAUUACAUUACCUACUACCACACACUACAUCAUUACAUUACCUACUACCACACACUACAUCAUUACAUUACCUACUACCACACACUACAUCAUUACAUUACCUACUACCACACACUACAUCAUUACAUUACCUACUACCACACACUACAUCAUUACAUUACCUACUUCCACACACUACAUCAUUACAUUACCUACUUCCACACACUACAUCAUUACGUUACCUACUACCACACACUACAUCAUUACGUUACCUACUACCACACACUACAUCAUUACAUUACCUACUACCACACACUACAUCAUUACAUUACCUACUACCACACACUACAUCAUUACAUUACCUACUACCACACACUACAUCAUUACAUUACCUACUACCACACACUACAUCAUUACAUUACCUACUACCACACACUACAUCAUUACAUUACCUACUACCACACACUACAUCAUUACAUUACCUACUACCACACACUACAUCAUUACAUUACCUACUACCACACACUACAUCAUUACAUUACCUACUACCACACACUACAUCAUUACAUUACCUACUUCCACACACUACAUCAUUACAUUACCUACUACCACACACUACAUCAUUACAUUACCUACUACCACACACUACAUCAUUACAUUACCUACUACCACACACUACAUCAUUACAUUACCUACUUCCACACACUACAUCAUUACAUUACCUACUUCCACACACUACAUCAUUACGUUACCUACUGCCACCCACUACAUCAUUACAUUACCUACUGCCACACACUACAUCAUUACAUUACCUACUGACACACUCUACAUCAUUACAUUACCUACUUCCACACACUACAUCAUUACAUUACUUUCUGCCACUCACUUUAUCAUUACAUUACCUACUAACACACACUACAUCAUUACAUUACCUACUACGUCACAUUAAAUCAUUAUAUUGCCUACUAUCCAGGGGCAUGUAUCCCCCCCUCCUGAGAUGUGAAAGCUAACCCCCCCCCCUUCCCACCCCGACCUUAAAAAACUUGAUAAUUUCUGUAUGUGGGCAAUGUCAGUCAUAGAAUAGGGGAGUCACCAAGAUUAUCAGUCGCAAAAAAUUGUAAUUAAAAGAAUUUUCGUCUAUUCAAUAAUACUGUUGAUAACAAACUAUUACAAUUUUGCUAAUACUAUAAGAAAAGCCCAGACAUGUCUUUCUUUCUGUCUGUCGGAAAUUAAACUUUACCCAUUUAUAGAGUUAACAAAAUAAUAUUUUACAAACUUUUCUAAUAUCUUUUAUUUAACUUUAAAAAAUGAUUUACGUAUCAAAUUAUAUUAGAACUAGGAAAUACUCAAAAAUACAUAUUUUCGCCGAUUCGCCACUAGCACCGACCCAAACAUUUUAGCACUAUUAUCAUACAGCACAAGGUCUUUUACAUGCUGUCUGUGAUUUCACUUUUAUCUGCUACAUUUCCAUUUGGGCUCAUCUACUUAAGGAAGUUAAUCUUAAACAGCAGUAUCUGCAGAUCAAAGGUUUAACUCUUGACAAAGUGGUGACCAGCCUAGAGGCCUUAAGAUUGUUUCUCCACGAGAAGCGCUGUAAGUUGGUGGUACAUGCUAUUGAAAAGGCACCAUUAAAAUAAGACAAAAAUAUGGAUUUUCUGUAGAUUGAAGAUUUAAGGUUUAAGAAGAAAAUGGCAGGGGGACAGUUAAUAGAUGCUGGACUCUCUCUGCCUGAAGAAAACAGUAAGAAGACGCUGGAGUGUAUUGGAAGCUUUCAUUCUCAACCCCAGAUCAGAUCAUCUACGAUCAAGAAAGUAGCAGAUAUGUUUUGGGCUGUUCAACCCAAGAGUCUACUAUCAGCUAGUGAAGAAAAGUUAUUGAUGUCCGUUCCAAAAUUAACCUCUUUGUAUGUUGAAUUAUCAGAAGAUUAGCUUUUAAAAGAAAUGUUAAGGCUUAGAAGACUCCUAAAGGCAGCUGAUGUUGAAUUUCACAAAGUCAUGGACUGGUCAAUAUGUGAUGUUUUUAAAUUCAUAGCUGAAUCAGACAUCCUAGAAUGUCUUCCAGUACCCUCGCUAAGCCUUCAAUUGUUUCUUACGAUCUGUGUGUAUGUGGCUUCAUGUGAUCAGGGCUUUUCAAAACAAAGGCUUAUCAAGAACUAUUUACGAUCCACCAUGAGACAGUCAAGGCUUUUUGAUCUGGCUCUAAUAUCAAUUAAAAUAGAUACGGUGAUGGAUAUUGAUUGUGAUUGACAGGUUUGCAGCUUUGAAAACCAGGAAAGGAAAAUAAAUUUUUAAUAAAGUAAAUUUAAUGUAAAAAUAACGAUAACGUAACACUGUUACAGUUCUUAAAUACAUUGACCUCCUGAACUUCAAUUAUUUUUUUUUUGUUGUUUCUUGUCAUUGUUACACUGUGGACUUAUUAUAACAAGGAGAAAUCUAACGUGAAGUCGGGGGGUGGUCGACACCAUCAAUUUACCGCACCUGGUGACACCAACCCUAGCUACGCCACUGUGUUGAGGCGGAUAAGAUCAAUGAGAUCAACAACUUUUUUUUAAAAUGCAGUUCUCCAUGUAAAUAGAAGUCCAUGCUUUCCAUGUCAUGACGUCAUCAAACAUUCGGACCUUAGAAAACAAUCACAAACAUUUCGUUAGUUUGUCAAGGUUUGUUGAUCGCGAGUCCUAAUCAAUUAGUAAGUUCAGUUUUGAAGUGUUGAUUUAGUAUUUGUUCUCAACAUAAGUAAUUUAGUCAUUUCAAGCGCCCAAGUGUGGAGGGGGGGGGGCACCUAAACCCCACGCCACCACGCCGUUUGGCCUAUGCCGCGGUCGCCAUGGGUGGUUUGUUCUCUGUUCAUAUAAUGCACCAAACUGAACUUUGACAUUAAAUCAGUGUUAGCCGUCGUGGACUGAAAUAUUGACAUGAUUAGAGGAAAUGUCUAUUUGUGACUGCCUCAGACAUCAGAGGAAAUGUCUAUUUGUGACUGCCUCAGACAUUAGAGGAAAUUUCUAUUUGUGACUGCCUCAGACAUCAGAGGAAAUUUCUAUUGGUGACUGCCUCAUACAUCAGAGGAAAUGUCUAUUUGUGACUGCCUCAGACAUCAGAGGAAAUGUCUAUUUGUGACUGCCUCAGACAUCAGAGGAAAUGUCUAUUUGUAACUGCCUCAGACAUCAAAGGAAAUGUCUAUUUCUCCGGUAAACACUUAUCAGCUAGAUCUUUUUUUCUUCAAAAAGCUUAGGCAAUAACAAAUUACUGAAAAGGUGCCUCACAACUAUCUGACUAGGUCUCUCACUGACACCUAUCUGACUAGGUCUCACACUGACACCUAUCUGACUAGGUCUCUCACUGACACCUAUCUGACUAUUUUGACUAGGUCUUUCACUGACACCUAUCUGACUAUUUUGACUAGGUCUUUCACUGACACCUAUCUGACUAGGUCUCUCACUGACACCUAUCUGACUAGGUCUCUCACUGACACCUAUCUGACUAGGUCUCUCACUGACACCUGUCUGACUAUUUUGACUAGGUCUUUCACUGACACCUAUCUGACUAGUUCUCUCACUGACACCUAUCUGACUAGAUCUUUCACUGACACCUAUCUGACUAGGUCUCUCACUGACACCUAUUUGACUAGGUCUUUCAAUGACACCUAUCUGACUAGGUCUCUCACUGACACCUGUCUGAUUAGGUCUCUCACUGACACAUAUCUGAUUAGGUCUCUCACUGACACCUAUCUGACUAGGUGUCUCACUGACACCCGACUAUCUGACUAGGUAUCUCACUCACACCCGACUAUCUGACUAGGUCUCUCACUCACACCCGACUAUCUGACUAGGUCUCUCACUCACAGCCGACUAACAGACGAGGUCUCUCACUGACACCCGACUAUCUGACUAGGUCUCUCACUGACACCUAUCUGAUGAGGUCCCUAAGAAACGUUAUUAGAAAUAUACAACAUGAGAAACGUCAUCUUAAAUAUAGAACCUGAGAAAUGUCAUCUGAAAUAUAGAACCUGAGAAAUGUCAUUUGAAAUAUAGAACCUGAGAAAUGUCAUUUGAAAUAUAGAACCUGAGAAAUGUCAUUUGAAGUAUACAACUUGAGAAAUGUCAUUUGAAGUAUACACAUUGAGAAAUGUCAUUUGAAAUAUACAACUUGAGAAAUGUCAUUUGAAAUAUACAACUUGAGAAAUGUCAUUUGAAAUAUACAACUUGAGAAAUGUCAUUUGAAAUAUAGAACCUGAGAAAUGUCAUUUGAAGUAUACAACUUGAGAAAUGUCAUUUGAAGUAUACAACUUGAGAAAUGUCAUUUGAAGUAUACACAUUGAGAAAUGUCAUUUGAAAUAUACAACUUGAGAAAUGUCAUUUGAAAUAUAGAACCUGAGAAAUGUCAUUUGAAGUAUACAACUUGAGAAAUGUCAUUUGAAGUAUACACAUUGAGAAAUGUCAUUUGAAAUAUAGAACCUGAGAAAUGUCAUUUGAAAUAUACAACUUGAGAAAUGUCAUUUGAAAUAUACAACUUGAGAAAUGUCAUUUGAAAUAUAGAACCUGAGAAAUGUCAUUUGAAAUAUAGAACCUGAGAAAUGUCAUUUGAAAUAUAGAACCUGAGAAAUGUCAUUUGAAAUAUACAACUUGAGAAAUGUCAUUUGAAAUAUAGAACCUGAGAAAUGUCAUUUGAAGUAUACAACUUGAGAAAUGUCAUUUGAAAUAUAGAACCUGAGAAAUGUCAUUUGAAGUAUACAACUUGAGAAAUGUCAUUUGAAGUAUACAACUUGAGAAAUGUCAUUUGAAGUAUACACAUUGAGAAAUGUCAUUUGAAAUAUACAACUUGAGAAAUGUCAUUUGAAAUAUACAACUUGAGAAAUGUCAUUUGAAAUAUACAACUUGAGAAAUGUCAUUUGAAAUAUAGAACCUGAGAAAUGUCAUUUGAAGUAUACAACUUGAGAAAUGUCAUUUGAAAUAUACAACUUGAGAAAUGUCAUUUGAAAUAUACAACUUGAGAAAUGUCAUUUGAAAUAUACAACUUGAGAAAUGUCAUUUGAAAUAUACAACUUGAGAAAUGUCAUUUGAAAUAUACAACUUGAGAAAUGUCAUUUGAAAUAUACAACUUGAGAAAUGUCAUUUGAAAUAUACAACUUGAGAAAUGUCAUUUGAAAUAUACAACUUGAGAAAUGUCAUUUGAAAUAUACAACUUGAGAAAUGUCAUUUGAAAUAUACAACUUGAGAAAUGUCAUUUGAAAUAUACAACUUGAGAAAUGUCAUUUGAAAUAUACAACUUGAGAAAUGUCAUUUGAAAUAUACAACUUGAGAAAUGUCAUUUGAAAUAUACAACUUGAGAAAUGUCAUUUGAAAUAUACAACUUGAGAAAUGUCAUUUGAAAUAUACAACUUGAGAAAUGUCAUUUGAAAUAUACAACUUGAGAAAUGUCAUUUGAAAUAUACAACUUGAGAAAUGUCAUUUGAAAUAUACAACUUGAGAAAUGUCAUUUGAAAUAUACAACUUGAGAAAUGUCAUUUGAAAUAUACAACUUGAGAAAUGUCAUUUGAAAUAUACAACUUGAGAAAUGUCAUUUGAAAUAUACAACUUGAGAAAUGUCAUUUGAAAUAUACAACUUGAGAAAUGUCAUUUGAAAUAUACAACUUGAGAAAUGUCAUUUGAAAUAUACAACUUGAGAAAUGUCAUUUGAAAUAUACAACUUGAGAAAUGUCAUUUGAAAUAUACAACUUGAGAAAUGUCAUUUGAAAUAUAGAACCUGAGAAAUGUCAUUUGAAGUAUACAACUUGAGAAAUGUCAUUUGAAGUAUACACAUUGAGAAAUGUCAUUUGAAAUAUACAACUUGAGAAAUGUCAUUUGAAAUAUAGAACCUGAGAAAUGUCAUUUCAAAUAUACAACUUGAGAACUGUCAUUUGAAAUAUACAACUUGAGAAAUGUAAUUUGAAGUAUACAACACAAGAAGUGUAUAGUUAACAUGAAUUAUGCAACCUGGAUUUGCCUCUCUCUCUACAUUUCGUGUCUUUCGGGCUAGAAAUGCAAUUCCCAACACGUUCAGGAAAUCGUGGGUGAGUGUUGGGCGGCAUUAAGUUUGUAAACUUUGUUCUGACACCUUGGUGGUGCGCUUCAGCUGUGGGAUGCCGUCGGGAAUCCCCGUUAUUUUCACCCAUUUUAGCAGUUCGAACAACGUUGUUUUGAGAUUGGGGAUUGCAUCGGAAUGGCUAGUAUCGUGGUCCUCACGAGACCCCACCUGUGCCUCCCUCCUAGGCCCAUCUCCUGGGCACCCUACAACGGGGGCCUCCUUACAAUUUUCCGCCCUUUAAAUAUUUAAAGCGUUUUCAUAUAUAUGUAACUGUUGUAUGUGAACAUUGACUGAAUGGCAUCAUUUACUUGGACAGGAAUACUCAAAGCUCUUAUCUUUUUUCUCUUGAGCGUUUUAAAAGUAUGUUAUGGUAAGGGGGUCAGGGGUCGUGCGCAAAUUACAUCACGCUCAGGGGGUCGAGGAUUUGUGAUACUCGUGACAGGGGGGGGGGGGGGGGGGGGGGGAAAAAAAUUGGGGUCGUCAAAAAAAAAAAAAAAUAUUUAAAAAUCUCAAAUUUUCUAAUUUUGAAAAAUCGUUUUCAAUUAACUUUAAAAUUAUUAAUUUGAGGUUGAAAUUGUCUCUGGUAUUAUAGGUGCCGAGAAACUCAGUCGCGCACACCUUCUGAACAUAUCGAAAAAUGACGUUAAAACUGUUGUGGCCAUUUCACAUUGGGCUCGGGGAGGACUUCGUUGGUUGCGUCACAGUUUUCUAAUAAUACUACAUCAUAAUCCAUUAUGGGGAAAUGUUCAAGAAUAAAAUAAAAUCUUAGUUUAGUUGUGAACAUUUUAUGUAUGUUUUGAAUUUUUCUAGGUGUGACGUGACACUAAGUAAGUGGGGGUGGGGGGGGGGGUAAAGGAUUUGUGACACUUUGUGACAGGGAGAGGGGGUCUGAAUAGGUCAUUUUUUGUCGUGACGUAAUUUGCAAGCGACCCCUAAGUGAGUCACUUUGUUCCGUUAAAGGGGUCCUUAAAGGAUCUUAUAGUGAGGGGAAUAUCAAGAAAAUGAUAAGCCAGGAGGCCAAGAGUGAGAUUCGUCUGAGUGAUGCUGCUUUCAAUGAUGGCUUUUUUCUCUACCUCAUCCUGGGAAAUGAGAAACCCGUUCAAUUCAUAUUCCAGCUGUAAGCCCCCCCCCCCCCGUUCAGCCUGACUCGAACUUCCUUGAUUACGUCAUUCUUGAGCUGAAUUAAUCCAUUCGAUCCAACCGAUCUCUCUUACUUAGUGCCAUCAAAUUCCCACGGUAUUAAAUCCCUAAUAAUAAUAAUUAUUAUUGAUAUCACUUCUCGUUGAUUUCCUCCUAUCCAACUCUUUCGUCUCAUGUCAUUGGGAAUAUUAGACGCUUAGUAAUGUAAAUGAUAUGGUGGACCAGGAGUUCUAGGUGGACCAGAAGUUCUAGGUGGACCAGAAGUUCUAGGUGGACCAGAAGUUCUAGGUGGACCAGAAGUUCUUGGUGGACCAGAAGUUCUUACCAUAAUAGUUGCAUGCCUCGGAGCUCAUCCUCUAAAAAUUUGGUGAAGCAAAGGGGGCCUUGACCUUUCUCCUUGAUGUAACUAGACCCAGUGGCAAACAAAUGAUAAACAACUCUCUUUAUUUAUUAGCGUAGAAUAAUAUAAACCCCAUCGUCUAUAUAGAUACAUCCAUAGAUAUAGAUAAUAUAAACCACAUUGUCUAUCUAUAUAGAUACAUCCAUAGAUAUAGAUAAUAUAAACCACAUUGUCUAUCUAUAUAGAUACAUCAAUAGAUAUAGAUAAUAUAAACCACAUUGUCUAUCUAUAUAGAUACAUCCAUAGAUAUAGAUAAUAUAAACCACAUUGUCUAUCUAUAUAGAUACAUCAAUAGAUAUAGAUAAUAUAAACCAUAUUGUCUAUCUAUAUAGAUACAUCCAUAGAUAUAGAUAAUAUAAACCACAUUGUCUAUCUAUAGAGAUACAUUCAUAGAUGUAGAUAAUAUAAACCACAUUGUCUAUCUAUAUAGAUACAUCCAUAGAUAUAGAUAAUAUAAACCACAUUGUCUAUCUAUAUAGAUAUAUCCAUAGAUAUAGAUAAUAUAAACCACAUUGUCUAUCUAUAGAGAUACAUCCAUAGAUAUAGAUAAUAUAAACCACAUUGUCUAUCUAUAUAGAUACAUCCAUAGAUAUAGAUAAUAUAAACCACAUUGUCUAUCUAUAGAGAUACAUUCAUAGAUGUAGAUAAUAUAAACCACAUUGUCUAUCUAUAUAGAUACAUCCAUAGAUAUAGAUAAUAUAAACCACAUUGUCUAUCUAUAUAGAUACAUCCAUAGAUAUAGAUAAUAUAAACCACAUUGUCUAUCUAUAUAGAUACAUUCAUAGAUGUAGAUAAUAUAAACCACAUUGUCUAUCUAUAUAGAUAUAUCCAUAGAUAUAGAUAAUAUAAACCACAUUGUCUAUCUAUAGAGAUACAUCCAUAGAUAUAGAUAAUAUAAACCACAUUGUCUAUCUAUAUAGAUACAUCCAUAGAUAUAGAUAAUAUAAACCACAUUGUCUAUCUAUAUAGAUACAUUCAUAGAUGUAGAUAAUAUAAACCACAUUGUCUAUCUAUAGAGAUACAUCCAUAGAUAUAGAUAAUAUAAACCGCAUUGUCUAUCUAUAGAGAUACAUCCAUAGAUAUAGAUAAUAUAAACCGCAUUGUCUAUCUAUAUAGAUACAUCCAUAGAUAUAGAUAAUAUAAACCAUAUUGUCUAUCUAUAUAGAUACAUCCAUAGAUAUAGAUAUUAUAAACCGCAUUGUCUAUCUAUAUAGAUACAUCCAUAGAUAUAGAUAAUAUAAACCACAUUGUCUAUCUAUAUAGAUACCUUCAUAGAUGUAGAUAAUAUAAACCAUAAUGUCUAUCUAUAGAGAUACAUCCAUAGAUAUAGAUAAUAUAAACCACAUUGUCUAUCUAUAUAGAUACCUUCAUAGAUGUAGAUAAUAUAAACCAUAAUGUCUAUCUAUAGAGAUACAUCCAUAGAUAUAGAUAUUAUAAACCGCAUUGUCUAUCUAUAUAGAUACAUUCAUAGAUGUAGAUAAUAUAAACCAUACUGUCUAUCUAUAGAGAUACCUUCAUAGAUGUAGAUAAUAUAAACCAUAUUGCCUAUCUAUAUAGAUACAUUCAUAGAUGUAGAUAAUAUAAACCACAUUGUCUAUCUAUAUAGAUACCUUCAUAGAUGUAGAUAAUAUAAACAAUAAUGUCUAUCUAUAUAGAUACAUCCAUAGAUAUAGAUAAUAUAAACCACAUUGUCUAUCUAUAUAGAUACCUUCAUAGAUGUAGAUAAUAUAAACCAUAAUGUCUAUCUAUAGAGAUACAUCCAUAGAUAUAGAUAAUAUAAACCACAUUGUCUAUCUAUAUAGAUACCUUCAUAGAUGUAGAUAAUAUAAACCACAUUGUCUAUCUAUAUAGAUAUAUCCAUAGAUAUAGAUAAUAUAAACCACAUUGUCUAUCUAUAUAGAUAUAUCCAUAGAUAUAGAUAUUAUAAACCACAUUGUCUAUCUAUAGAGAUACAUCCAUAGAUAUAGAUAAUAUAAACCGCAUUGUCUAUAUAGAUACAUCAACUUUGAAUGCAAGAGGCAAAUAGUAAGAGGAUGCCUCAAAAGGUCACGUGACGGCUAUGGAAGCAUGGAAGCAUGGAAGCAUGGAAGCAUGGAAGCAUGGAAGCAUGGAAGCAUGGAAGCAACCAAAACAAUUUUAAAUUGGAUUUCAGUUUUCUAAACAUGUUUUACUUUUCUUUUCUUUUUUUUUCAAAACAAUUCUAGUUCAAAGUCGUACAUACACAAACCUAGUGGACCUCAUUUCGUUCAAUAAAACCCAAUGCAAGAACCGUUAAAUUACGUGUUUCAGUUGGUCCAAUGAACCCAAUGCAAGAACCGCUGAAGUACGUGUUUCAGUUGGUCCAAUGAACCCAAUGCAAGAACCGCUGAAAUACGUGUUUUAGUUGGUCCUAUGAACCCAAUGCAAGAACCGCUGAAGUACGUGUUUCAGUUGGUCCAAUGAACCCAAUGCAAGAACCGCUGAAGUACGUGUUUCAGUUGGUCCAAUGCCCCCAAUGCAAGAACCGCUGAAGUACGUGUUUCAAUGUCACGUUAUGAUGUUUAGAUCAAUUUGUUAUCCCAAUUAAAUAGGCUUGUGGCUCGUUGCCCGUAGCUCGUGGCCCGUAGCUCGUGGCUCUUGAUACCUGAUAACGAUUAACUUGUCGUUUCAUGACUUUCUCAAACUAAAUCGUAUACAUUACACACAUGGAUAUAAAAACAUAUCCAUUACACAUGGUUGUAAAUCAUAUCAAUUACACACAUGGAUAUAAAUCCUACCCAUUCCACACAUGGAUAUAUAUCCUAUCCAUUACACACAUGGAUAUAAAUGCUAUCCAUUACACACAUGGCCAUACACCAGGGGUGUCUUAAGUAAAGACGGGGAAGACUUAAUUCCAUUAAUAGUGCACGUUAGAAAGAGGUCGUAUAAAUAAAUAGUGCACCACGGUACGUUGACGCUAAGACGUGACCAAAAGACGGCACAAAAUUAAACGCACGACUUGAACUAAGUCCCUCAUAUAGACGUCACGGGUGAAGAUUCAUUUUUUAGUAUACUACUCUGAAUUAUUUCUCAUAGGCUACGGUAGAUGAAUUGUUUAAGUGUGUAGACUUAACUUUCCUGCCUUGCGUUGCACUCAACUUGAUCACGUGGUCGAUGCUGUACCAGCACGCGCCCCCAUGCACGUGCUUAUAUCUGGUGUACCAAGGAACCUGAGGUUUGAGUUUUAUAUUAGAAUGUAAUUAGUGCUGGUGGCGCCUCUCAAUCAAUUUGUUGUUUUAACUCGUAGCCAUCUAUAACAUUGCACUUUACGGCACGCUUGGUUUGGGGGGCGGGGCGAAUUUGUGACACUUUGUGACAGGAGGGGGGGGGGGUGUGACUCACAAACUUUAUUUUUUAUUCUAAUAAUCUAAAAUUUUCAAAUUUUGAAAAAAAUCUUUAUUCAAUAAAUUUUAAAAACAUUAAUUUAAGGUCAAAAUUGCCUCAGUUAUAAAAUUGCCUCAGUUAUAAAAUUGCCUCAGUUAUAAAAUUGCCUCAGUUAUAAAAUUGCCUCAGUUAUAAAAUUGCCUCAGUUAUAAAAUUGCCUCAGUUAUAAAAUUGCCUCAGUUAUAAAAUUGCCUCAGUUAUAAAAUUGCCUCAGUUAUAAAAUUGCCUCAGUUAUAAAAUUGCCUCAGUUAUAAAAUUGCCUCAGUUAUAAAAUUGCCUCAGUUAUAAAAUUGCCUCAGUUAUAAAAUUGCCUCAGUUAUAAAAUUGCCUCAGUUAUAAAAUUGCCUCAGUUAUAAAAUUGCCUCAGUUAUAAAAUUGCCUCAGUUAUAAAAUUGCCUCAGUUAUAAAAUUGCCUCAGUUAUAAAAUUGCCUCAGUUAUAAAAUUGCCUCAGUUAUAAAAUUGCCUCAGUUAUAAAAUUGCCUCAGUUAUAAAAUUGCCUCAGUUAUAAAAUUGCCUCAGUUAUAAAAUUGCCUCAGUUAUAAAAUUGCCUCAGUUAUAAAAUUGCCUCAGUUAUAAAAUUGCCUCAGUUAUAAAAUUGCCUCAGUUAUAAAAUUGCCUCAGUUAUAAAAUUGCCUCAGUUAUAAAAUUGCCUCAGUUAUAAAAUUGCCUCAGUUAUAAAAUUGCCUCAGUUAUAAAAUUGCCUCAGUUAUAAAAUUGCCUCAGUUAUAAAAUUGCCUCAGUUAUAAAAUUGCCUCAGUUAUAAAAUUGCCUCAGUUAUAAAAUUGCCUCAGUUAUAAAAUUGCCUCAGUUAUAAAAUUGCCUCAGUUAUAAAAUUGCCUCAGUUAUAAAAUUGCCUCAGUUAUAAAAUUGCCUCAGUUAUAAAAUUGCCUCAGUUAUAAAAUUGCCUCAGUUAUAAAAUUGCCUCAGUUANAUAUAUAUAUAUAUAUAUAUAUAUAUAUAUAUAUAUAUAUAUAUAUAUAUAUAUAUAUAUCACAAAUAUGCAAUAUGCUAACUGUUAAAAACUGUAUAAAUAAUAUGGCAAAAUCUUCUUAUAUGUAGUCCCUAAAUGAGGCUUUCUUAAACGUCUUUGCCGCGCCCCACUUAGAUCUUGAUUUCAAAACUUACUUCCGCAUUCCCACGAUAAAACAAAUGCAAAUAAAACUGAUUUUUCUGGGUCUUCCUGCAUCUCCUGAAACUGACCCCUGCAACCCCAGGGGGCACGGACACCACUGGUUAAGAGCCCCUGCCCAAAAAGUAGCUAAACUCAUUUCGAUAGAUCGUUGUGACUGAUGAAUACGCCGCUCGUCACUGUCUGGUUGUAGAUCGUUGUGACUGAUGAAUACGCCGCUCGUCACUGUCUGGUUGUAGAUCGUUGUGACUGAUGAAUACGCCGCUCGUCACUGUCUGGUCGUAGUGCUUUAGUCACAGUCAAAGAUGAACUCUGUCUACAAUGUCACGAUGGUUACCCCCCCCCCCUUUUUUUUAAAAAAUUGUUAAUGGAUAACUGGCCUAAAUCUAAAUCUCACUUAAUUCGAAGUAGGAACGCCGGCAAAAAUAGUUUCGCCUUUUUCCGAAAGAAGUAGAAACGUAUACGUAAUUUCAUUUGAUGUCCAGAAAUUCUGUUCGCUGGUUUCAACUUAAGCUUGAUCUGUUAAAUCAAUUGGCAGUUCAAUGAAAUGCUCUUGUAAUGUCAAGUCAACAUCAAAUGGUUUUUGCCCCCCCCCCCCCGCCAUGCAUCAAAACCGCCCACCCCCGCCUUUUUUUUUGUUUUUGUUGUUUUUUUCACUUCGGUAUUGCCGUCUCUAGCAUGUCGCUGAAACACGGUCAAAUAUGAGUAUGUAAUGUUUAAACAAAUAUUUUACACAUACAAUAGAUUGGAACUGAUUGUGUUAUUACAUGUGUAUUUUGAGUGCCAAUUGGUGAAAUUACAGUAGUCAUUGCAUGCAAAAUUAAUGUCGGCAAAAUUAUAAGGAUUGCGUCCCCAGACUUUGAAAUGUAUAAUUUAUAUUCUACGAAUCGGUUCAGGAGGAAAGCAUGAAGUAUUGAAGUAUUGAAAGAAGUAUUGAAGUAUUGAAAGAAGUAUUGAAAGAAGUAUUGAAGCAUUACUUUUUAAACAAAACUGCACGAUUAUGUUCCCGAAGUUCGUCAUAAAUAAGUGAGUUUUUGUUUUUGUUCCAGACAGAAGAAUGGCUGAACCAGUCUUCAAACUGUUUUACUUCAAUUUCCGUGGCAGAGGAGAGUUAAUUCGUCUACUUUUGCACACGGCACAAGUGGAGUUCAUUGAUGAAAGAGUAGCGUUCGCUGAUUGGCCCGAGUUGAAACCAAGUAAAUUUUGGAAAUAUUAUUGUGUGGAGCUAUUAAUAGCAUAUUUCAAGUUAUCGUUUUUAAAACCAUUUGUUGAUGUUUUCGUAUAAGUCCUUUAGAAAAUGUAAUGUAAUAUCGAGGGAUUGGAAGGGGGGGGGGGGGGUUGAAAAUACAUGCAUUCAAGUAACCCACUUUAUAAAAAUCCCAAUUAGUGCUCGCCCCCCCCCCCCCCCAGGCUCAACAACGCACAUUUGUUUCACGCCCCUGAACUUUAAUAGUCUAAUGACCCAGCAGCGUUUACACCACAGAUUAAUUUCACCAACUAUUUGGGGGGGGGGGCGGUGAAAAUACAUGCAUUCAAGUAAAUCCCUUUAUAAAUAACCCAAUUAGUGCCCCCUCCCCCCCCCCCCCAGGCUCAACAACGCACAUUUGUUUCACGCCCCUGAACUUUAAUAGUCUAAUGACCCAGCAGCGUUUACACCACAGAUUAAUUUCACCAACUAUUUCUGAAAAAACGUCAGAAAAUUUGACGCAUCAAGCGCACUUGCGAUAUUUUUGUUAAAAGAAUCUCAUUUAGCGCACUUACUGUGAAUUUAUUUGAUCUUCCCCGUGAAAAAUAGUAAAAACGGAUUUUCGAGGUAUGGGGCUGAAAAUUUGACAGAAUGUGCUUCUGUGUGCCAAAUUCAGCUCGAUAGCUUGACGGGAAGUGGGCCAAUUAGCCGUCCGAAGAUUAUUGCCAGUCAAAAGCGAAUUUAGUAUAAACGAUUUAAAAACUAUUUAAAAAGACAGUAAAUGUAUCAAACAGGUCAACUUUAGCCCUACUGAACGUUGCCAAAAAUGAAAAAAAGUUUCGUAAGUGCAGAUUGGUCACGGGUGAUAAAUAUAGGUCAAGUGCUGGUAUCAAACUGUAUCCAAAUGAGAGUUGCUUUGACUUUUCUAAAAAUAGACAUGAACUGCUGCUGCUGUGGAUCGUUUAAAAUAUGCCUAUCUGAACCUUAUGUGUGGAAAAGUUGGGAAUGCAUUCUAAAAAGGCGAUAACCGGUUAGUUAAAAAUAAAACUCUAUUGGCACUCAUAUAUUUUAAAUGCUGAUAACAAUAAAUGUGAUUUGGUGCAAAAUUUACAUUGACAAAAAUCAUGUCCUAAGAAUAAAACAUUUCGUUUCAGUUUCCCCUUCCUGCCAAUAGCAAGACAUGGCCUUCACCUUUCACCCCACAUAUUUUACAGUAAUCCAAUUUGUCAAGACUUUCCCCCCACAUAUUUUACAGUACUCCAGUCAAUCAAGCCCCCCCCCCCACCCCCAAACCCAUUAUUUUACAGUACUCCAGUUGGUCAAGACUUUGCCAAAAACAUUCAAUAGUUUAAACUCUUUAUUUCAAAUGAUUAAACAUGCCUCCAACUCAUGAGACCUAUAAGCUUGAGAACCUUUGAUGAUUUAUGCAAACGACCACUGAAGUAUGUAUAAACUAGUGUCAAUAGUUUUAACUUUGUUCAUUUAGGAUUGCUAACCCACCACAAUUUCUUACAGAAACCCCUGAGGGUUACGUCCCUUUCAUGGAGAUUGACGGGGUGGCUUACGGUGAGAGCCUGCCGUUGGCCCGCUACAUCGCCAGAAAGUACAGUGAGUGAGUUUCAUAUCAAAUACCCUGGUAUUUUUAUAACAUAUGGAUGCCGUUUUGUACUCAGUGACCAAGUUUUCAUUCUCAGAAUUCAUUCAACGUUUCUUUAUACCGGUAAUGGAUAAAAAUUAAUCCAGCAAUUCAAAUUAUCCAUAACCCCCAAACUAUUCCCGCAGUUCACGUAGGAUCUCUUAGUUGUACGUUUUUAGUCUGUAAAUAGAUACGCACAAAAACGAUAACUUUGUUACAAGUCAAUCGCCCUAAUAUAGGAUGUUAAAUGUCAUUGCUUCGUUUAUUUUCGGUUCUUGGGGUUCUUUUUUUAAGUUGACGGACCGUUACACGGAUUGGGUCAUCACAUCCAACUGCUUUUAUCUAUGGGUUCGCGGUAUGAUAAAGACCUGAAGUUUGAUACUUGAAAAACAGCCAAGUCAGAAAACACAUUAUGUUAACUAAAACCAAUAUUUGGCACAUCGCCGGUUCAUCUGGGUACUAGUCUAUACCCACUGACCACUGCCCAUCGUUCUAGUGCCGGGACGAACGUCUCAUUUUAAAAAAAUAGCAACCAAUGCUCUCUAUCACAGGCAAUAACUUUAAAUGCGCAAGUUUAGUUUAGAUCUACGCUAAGACCAGUUCGUUCUCUGGUUUCUAGCUUUUUAAUGUGGGCGUCUCUUUUAAGACCCAUUUUAAUUAUUUUUUUUUAAAAAUUAAUUCAUUUCAUAUUUGUUCUGAAGGUUGUGUUUACAACUUAAAAUGAUUUGCACCUGAUGGCAAAUGGGUUCAAGGUUCCAUCGUUUUGUGCUACUGCCCCCCCCCCCCUCAGAUUUGAUGGGCAAGACAGAGUUGGGCCAGUUGACUGCUGACAUCAUCAUGAACUACGUGGAUGACUUAAGGGAUGAAUACGUCCGGUUUAAAACAGAUAAAAUCCUGACACAGCUCCAGAAGGUCAGAACAUUGGCUCAACUUCAAUAACAGAUGACAGAUUUAUUGGGGGGUUUUUUCAGCUCGAUGUCAUGUGUUAGAGAUUUCAAAAGUAAUACCUUAAAAAUGUGCAUCACUAGACGACAUUCAACAUUGCUUGACGACAUUCAACAUCGCUUGACGACAUUCAACAUCGCCAGACGCCAGACGACAUUCAACAUCGCCAGACGCCAGACGCCAUUCAACAUUGCUUGACGACAUUCAACAUCGCUUGACGACAUUCAACAUCGCCUGACGACAUUCAACAUCGCCAGACGCCAGACGACAUUCAACAUCGCUUGACGACAUUCAACAUCGCUUGACGACAUUCAACAUCGCUUGACGACAUAAAUUGCGAAUUAAAAGUCACAUUAUUUUAAAACCUUGUUUUUUUUUAAAUAUUUAUUAUUCAGAAUUCCGUUCACUCCACAACAAGCUCUGGCUCUUCAAUAACCCUAUAUCCCCAACACACGCUAAUGUUCCCAACACACGCUAAUGUUCCCAACACACGCUAAUGUCCCCAACACACGCUAAUGUCCCCAACACACGCUAAUGUCCCCAACACACGCUAAUGUUCCCAACAAACGCUAAUGUUCCCAACACACGCUAAUGUUCCAAACACACGCUAAUGUUCCAAACACACGCUAAUGUUCCAAACACACGCUGUGUUUCCCAAGUGUUCCCAAUGCACGCUGUGUUCCCAAUGCACUCUGUGUUCGCAAUGCACUCUGUGUUCCCAAUGCACUCUGUGUUCCCAAUGCACUCUGUGUCCCCAAUGCACUCUGUGUUCCCAAUGCACACUGUGUUCCCAAUGCACGCUGUGUUCCCAAUGCACUGUGUUCGCAAUGCACUCUGUGUUCCCAAUGCACUCUGUGUUCCCAAUGCACUCUGUGUUCCCAAUGCACACAAUGUUCCCCAAGUGUUCCAAUGCACUUUAUUUUCCUAAUGAACGAUCUGUUCCCAAGUGUUCCACAUAAACUCUAUUAUAAGAAUUUUGAAGCCAGAUGAAUCGCAUUGCAACAAGACAUCAUGUUUAAAACCCGCUGGUAUGGACAUUUACAAAAUAUGAGCCGAGUGGCCUAAGGUGUCCAUUGGAAUAUAUUUGUUUGCAUGUCUUGAUUAGAUGCUUUUGAUUUCCAGGAAGAACUCGAAGGAAAAUUUUCAGCUGAGACGAUCCCAAAUUUUUUAGGCAAGAUAGAGAAGAGACUUACCAACAGCAGCUCUGGUUAUCUGGCUGGUGAAGAUGUAAGUUGGUGUGCUGGUAAAAGUUAUUGGUUAUCUUAGAGUGAGAAUAGGCGUGAAGUACAGUUAUCUGUCUGGUGAACAUGUAGGUUGAUGCAUUUGUAAAAGUUAUAGGUAAUCAUAGAGGGAUUUUUAAAAUCUGAUCUAAAACUUCACUCGUUAAAUGAACAAUAUGAAACAAGGACUAAAAGCAGUGUAAAUAAAAUUACGAUACCAAUGCUACUGAUAUUAACAAUAUUCAAUUUAAUUAUACUAUUAAAUUUAUUUUUUCAAAUACAAAAUCACAUAAACAGAAAUAAAAACUAUAUUACAUAAGUAAAUAUCGUUCUAUUCAUAAUAUAUUGUAUAAAAUAUAUAAACAUAAUAAUUGAACUUUGUAUAGUCUGUUCUUUAGUUUAAAAUGGUUCAUUUUUAAAACUGCUGAGUCAUAAAAUGAUAGCAGAUCUGAUAGUAGCUGAUGUAUUGGUUCAGUUAUUAUUAUUAUUAUGUUUGUACAUUUACAGUUGAGUAUAGCAGAUCUGACAGUAGCUGAUGUAUUAAUGGUUCAGUAAUAUGUUUGUACAUUUACAGUUGAGUAUAGCAGAUCUGACAGUAGCUGAUGUAUUAAUGGUUCAGUAAUAUGUUUGUAUAUUUACAGUUGAGUAUAGCAGAUCUGACAGUAGCUGAUGUAUUAAUGGUUCAGUAAUAUGUUUGUAUAUUUACAGUUGAGUAUAGCAGAUCUGACAGUAGCUGAUGUAUUAAUGGUUCAGUUAAUAUGUUUGUACAUUUACAGUUGAGUAUAGCAGAUCUGACAGUAGCUGAUGUAUUAAUGGUUCAGUAAUAUGUUUGUAUAUUUACAGUUGAGUAUAGCAGAUCUGACAGUAGCUGAUGUAUUAAUGGUUCAGUUAAUAUGUUUGUACAUUUACAGUUGAGUAUAGCAGAUCUGACAGUAGCUGAUGUAUUAAUGGUUCAGUAAUAUGUUUGUAUAUUUACAGUUGAGUAUAGCAGAUCUGACAGUAGCUGAUGUAUUAAUGGUUCAGUUAAUAUGUUUGUACAUUUACAGUUGAGUAUAGCAGAUCUGACAGUAGCUGAUGUAUUAAUGGUUCAGUAAUAUGUUUGUAUAUUUACAGUUGAGUAUAGCAGAUCUGACAGUAGCUGAUGUAUUAAUGGUUCAGUUAAUAUGUUUGUACAUUUACAGUUGAGUAUAGCAGAUCUGACAGUAGCUGAUGUAUUAAUGGUUCAGUAAUAUGUUUGUACAUUUACAGUUGAGUAUAGCAGAUCUGACAGUAGCUGAUGUAUUAAUGGUUCAGUAAUAUGUUUGUAUAUUUACAGUUGAGUAAAAGCAGAUCUGACAGUGGCUGAUGUAUUAAUGGUUCAGUUAAUAUGUUUGUACAUUUACAGUUGAGUAUAGCAGAUCUGACAGUGGCUGAUGUACUGGAUACUUGCAUAAAAGAAUAUCCUUCAGUAUUGGACAAUUUUCCAAACGUUUCUCGGCACAGAGAGAUGGUGAUGGGCUUGCCGCAGUUGGCGGGGUACUUGGCAUCCAGGCCUGACACAAAGCUGUAACAUUAUUAUUAUUAUAUUUAUACUUUUAUAUGUAAGCUUGAAUAAACUCACUAGAUAUGUCAGUUUGUA